GAUUUUUAGCUGUGAAGGAGUUGUAUCGAGUGGGAAUUUUAACUUAUUGUUGUAUUUAAAGGGUUUAAUGUAUGUUUUUCUUACGCAGUUGGCGUAACAAACGGAAAUGGGCGGUAUGGUACGGGCGGAAGGAGUACGUCUGCUGGAGCUCACAUGUCUGCAGGAAGCCUUAGGACCAUUAUUGGGAUGCCCUUGUUGUUGCUCUGGGCAGCUGCAGCUGCACGAAGAUGUUCGGCGGUCCAGUGGACUGUAUUCAGCAUUGUGUUUUGCAUGCCAGGCAUGUCAUCAUCGUCUCCCUUUGCAUUCUUCAUGUCGUUCAGGUUCGCAGGGCUGGCAGGUUAAUGUGUACACACAACAGGUUAAGGCUCAGCUUGGACUCGGUGAAGAUAUGUUACGCGAUCUCUUUCGCAUUUAUCAGAUACCGUAUCGAGCACGAAAUGCGUCUGAAGACUGUUCUUCAGGUGAUACUGAUGCACUGCUUGACUGCUUCCUCGAUAGAGGUGAUGCUUUUAGAAGCUUUGUGUGCUCUCUCUGUGAUCAGACUUUUGAAUGUGUAAGAAUGUUGAAACAACACAUGGGUUUACAUACUGUGCACAGUAUAGAAUGUUUAGAUAGUGUCAACAUGAUGGGCUCUCUAGACCGAUCAAGUAAUCAACAGGAAGACGCUCUGCAUGUGCCGAUCGAAUCAAUUGUAACUGAAGCAGCCCUCAAUUUUCCAAGCCCAGAUGUAGAAAAAACCUUGCAACUUUCACCAAAGGAAGAAGUAUUCACAUCGUCAGCAUGUAAUCAGAGGUUUGAGGGGUUAGAUUUGCUUGAACAAAACCUUAAUGGGGAUAGUCUGCAUAGUACUUUUGAGUACACAGAGAGUUUUGAGGAAGCAACAAGUAAUUUCUCAGAAUCACUUAGCCAGCCAGUAAAAAGUGAACUUGCACAAAAUAGUUCCAGACCAGACAUUUCGGGGAGCAAAUACCUUUCUUGUAAUUCAUCACCUAACAGUAGUUCAGCUGUCUCAGCUAGCCAAAAGCUUACAUGCUCUGUGCUGGAACAACAGUCCGUGUCACACAUAGAGCAGAAGAUCCCAUGUGUUGAUGUGAAUUCUUUACAUUUAGCAAAGACAAACCACAGUUCUGAGCAGGAAGAGAAAACUGCCCUGGAAAAUAAUAUAGAUGCAAUUGUAAUAAACACAGCUCUACAAUUUCAGACCUCAACUAUUGAAAAUAAUGGUAUGUUAAAUAAACAUACCCAAAAUAAUACGUCAGAUUCUUCUGAGCUACAAUUGUCUACUAUAAAUACUUUAAAAAACAGUGAUUGCAAUAACAGCAACAGCAAUGCGUUCUCAAGUUUGGAUAAUGGACAUGGUUUAAAUAGUGGAAUGGUUGAAACAGUUAAUAUCUCUAUCGACAGUUCAGUCAAAGUUGAAACUCGAGCAGUUGAAUUUAGUUCCUUAACUGAUAAACUGGGAGUCUCACCAACAGAGACUGACAAAGGUGGUUUAGACAACUGCAGCAUUACGGAUUUUACGUGUAAAAUAUGUGGUCAGACAUUUAAACGUGUGGGUGCACUGAAGCAACACAUGGUACAACAUGAUAGUGGUGGAAGAUAUGUGUGUAGUGAAUGUUCUUCUACUUUUGGUGAUGACAUUCAAUUAAAAAAACAUGUAGGUGAAGUCCAUGCCAAAAGUAAAUACAGUUGUUCAGUUUGUGGGAAAAUCUUCAAAAAAGCCUUCAACCUUGUGCAGCAUGCAAGAACCCAUACAGGUGAGAAACCAUUCUUAUGUGCUACCUGUGGAAAGUCAUUCAGUGAUGCUUCUACAUUCAACAAGCAUCAGAAAACUUUACAUAGUGGUGAACGGAUGCUGAAAUGUCCCACUUGUGGAAAAUGUUUCUAUCACGCAGGUCACUUGAGAGUUCACAUGCGCCAGCACACUGGAGAACGGCCGUAUUUGUGUCAGCUGUGUGGUAAAUCCUAUGCAUACCCAGACAGUGUAAAGAAGCACAUGAAGAUUCACUUAGAUGAGAGGAACUUGUCAUGCACUACCUGUGGUCGAAGUUUUCGAUGGAGAGAAAGUCUCAAGCAGCACCUUAAGACACAUCAGCAACAGUCAACAUCUGGUGCUUGGAUGACAGAAGAAAUACAAAGGUCCAACCAUGAGGACAACAUCAUCACUUCAACUCCAACGGAAAGAAGUGCUGUGUCUCAUGAAAAUAUAAGUUCGGUGGCAAGGGAUAUGUCAUUUCUGGAGUCUGUGAGGGAUACUUACUUUUAAGGACAUGUGUGAGAUACACCUGUACAUGCUUCUAGUGUAACGUGAAAAUUUUUUAUGUAGUAGAACCAAGAAAGACAGACAAGUAUUAGCUUGUUCUUGUAACCUUUCAUUGUAAUUCUCACUUUUUAUUCCAUAAAUAUUGAUUUACUUUCAGUUGACACGUACCUUACAGAUAAUAAGGGACCAACAUUCUUGCCAGUAUCCUGAGAGACCUUGGCAUGUUUACUGUGUGGUACAAUCAUCAGAGUUGAAUUUUAUAUUUACAGAUGAGCAGAAUCUUGAACUUGGGCUUAUAAAUAUGCCUUACAGGCAUUGCAGCUUUCAUAUUACUGAGCACAAAGUUUUUGGUAUUUCAUUUGAAGACUACUGGGAAAGGAGGGAUUAACUCCAUUUUCUAGAUUUUUUUCAGGGGAGCAGUUUUAAAGUUUGAAACUUCACAGUUUCGGUGUUUAUUGAAAUAUGCUUUUGUAAUUUAUAAGGUGCAUUGAAUGACCGUUCUUUAGUUUUCCAUAAAAGAAUUAAAAAAUAUUUUUAAAAAUUUGACCGUAUGUGUCUUAUUUGUUUGAAUGCUAUUUUUCAGUUUCUUAGUAUAGUUGUCAAAUCAGAUUAUGAAAUUUAGAAACUAAUGGGAUAUUAAGAUCAUUUUUCACUAUAUAACCUCUAUGUAACUCCCACGACAAAAUUCUAUUCAUCUAUGAUUCUAGUCAUCUGUCACACAGGGUUUUAGGAAUAAUAUUGUUUAUAGAUUUUCUGUUUUUAUUUUGAUUGAACUUGAGUAAAUUAUAAAGAUUAAUAAGUCAGUGUGAAUUGUGUUUUAUUCAUCUCAUGACGUACAUUUGGUUUGUGUACAGGA